CCAUCACCCAGUACAGUUUCUCACAGCGAGUCAAAACUUUCCACUAUGCCACUUUUGAGGGCAUCCGAAACCGCCGUAUCUUCGAUUGAAAGUUCAAACGCUGCUUCUGCACCGAUGAAAAAACCAGUAAAAGAAAUUGAAGUAUCAAUACAAUUCUUGCAUGAAGUAAUACGUACCGAUAUGUUGGAAAUACUUAUUGGUAGCACCAGUGCUGUUUUUGAUUCAGUUCUUUCCUAUAUAGCAACGCUAAAAUACCCUGCAUCUUCUGUUCAGGAUGCCCUAAUCGCGUUAUUGGAUUGGGUUGAGAAUAAGAUCUUAUCAAGUGAUAUCUAUGACGAUAUUGAUACCGUUAUACAACCAAGGAACUCAGAAAGCGAUGGAAGUGAAGGAGUACGGCUGGCUACCAAGCUUUUGAAGGCUAUUGCGGAAAUCGAUAAGAAGUCAUAUGAAGCUGAUUCAAAGCCUGAGCAUAUUAAUCUGGUAGAAGUUCAUGAGGGACAUAACAACAAAUCCACAACAGCAAAUAAUUCAGGCUUCCACAGAACCACUGAUGUAAGUGUGAUGGAUCAAAGUCUUGAUGAAUUCUUGGCACAGCUGAAUCUUCACCAAGUCGCAAAAUUUGAACCAAUUUUCCCGCAAGUUGAAAAUGAAGAUAGUGACGAGGAUGAUUUGGAUAUUGUACAUGAAAAAAGAGAAGAACGAGAAGAAAAAAAGGAUACGAAAACUUGUGAAGAAGAAAUUCAGCGGUUGUCAGAUGGGAGUGAAAUAAGGACACGGAAAACGAGAACAUUUAAUAUGCAGCAGAAUAGCAAACAGGUAACGGUACGGUCACAUGGUAGUGGAGGUGAUGAGAUUGUGAAUACCUUUCAUGAUGGUAAUACGUCAUUCAACGAUGAUCUUGCAACCGAUGAUUUUUUUACGACACCUCGAAAUUCAUUUGGACGUAACCGCCUGAAUGGAGCCACAUGUUUGAAUGACUUGCUAAAGACAACGAAUGAUUCGACUAACCUUGAUGAAGGCAUCUCACAAAAAAUCAAAAGUGUUCAGCACACAGAUACCGUUUCUCAAAAAGUAUCGAAGACAGAGAAGAAAAAUGGAAAAAUCAUCACGGAUGAUGCUGCGCAGAAAAUUGAUAGAAGUGAGCUAAAUGCUAGACAAGUGGAAACUUUUAAGGAUGUUGAGUUGCUGGAUCGUCGAGGAAGUGGUUCUUAUGAAGAGCAUAGUACGGUGAAAAUGGGUCUAACAAAAUCGUCAUCCUCACCUCCAAUUCCACCGAAGCAACGUCAUGUUAUUCAAUAUAUGCAG